AUGGCGGAGAGUACCAGAUUCAAGACUUUGGAGGAACAAAUUAAGAAACAAGAUUCCAAGCUUCAGGAGGUGAUCGAAGGACUACAGGCUUCACACCAUCAACAACAGCAGCUUCGCGAGGAGCUGAGGACAGAGUUGGAGGAAAACAACAAGAGAAUGGAAGGUCUGGUCACAGGAAUCAAACAAGAAUUCAGCGCUCUCAUGAAGAUGUUGCUGGACAAGGAGAAGCUGAAUUUUGAAUCUGGAAGGACCAUGAGCGAUCAACCGCCACUGUUGCCAACGCCACCACCAAAUCAGAGGCUGCACCUAGGAUUCGAAGGCGGCAGAGCGGGAAGAAGGGAGGCAAACAAACUUCUGAUUCCGAAUCCACCCAAAAUUGAUUUGCCCUUAUUCUCUGGGGAAAAUCCAAGAGAAUGGAUUCGGAAAUGCAACAAGUACUGCGUAAACUACCAAAUUCCUGAGGAACAGAAGGUCGAAGUGAUUGAGAUGUAUCUGGAAGGGAAGGCAGACAGGUGGUUCCAGGGUGUUAAGGUGGAGAAACCUGAGAUCACAUGGCCAAUGUUUGAAGAAUUAUUGUGUCGAAGGUUUGAUAACAGGACAGGAAAAGAUGUCGUGGAGGAAUUCAACAAAUUACAUCAAACAGGGAAGGUCGAGGAGUACCAGGAAAAGUUCGAAGAACUCAAGACUCUCAUGGCAGUGAAAAAUCCACAUUUGAGUGAAGAAUAUUUCGUAUCAAGCUUCAUCAGUGGCUUGAAGGACGAAAUUAAGACUAUGAUCCGAAUGUUGAGGCCUACAUCUCUAUUUGAAACUUUCGAGUUGGCAAUACUGCAGGAGAAUGCACUGCACUUGCAGUCCAGGAGUCCUAAAGAGAACGUAAAGCCUAACUCAGAGAAUAGGUUUGGGAUCUCAAAAAGUGCAUCUCAGCAGAUGAGUCACAGUUCACAUUACAGAGUACCCCCUAUUGGUUCAUUCAGGAAUACUCAUUUCAAAGGCAAACCUGUUGCUAAUACUGAAGCAGAACCAAGAAAAAUCUCAGCACAAGAAAUACAGUACAGAAGAAGUCAUGGCCUAUGCUUCAAAUGUGGAGAGAAAUUUGGGCAGGGACACCAGUGCAAACUUGGUCAUUUGAACUUUCUGGUCAAUGAUGAGGAGGAGGAUACUGAAUUUGAGGAUGCACUGGGAGAGCAAGACGAAACCACAGGAAAUCCAGGGGAGGUUAUGGAGAUGUCCCUACACACAUUGUCAGAGGCACUUAAGAGGAAAACAAUCACCCUGGUAGGCGUACUGGAUGGGGAGGAAAUGCUGAUACUGGUGGACACUGGCAGUUCUGAUAGCUACAUUAGCAGUGAGAAGGUAAUCGCAUUUGACAUUCCUUAUAAAUUAGUCAAUCCUUUUUCUGUGGUUGUGGGGAACGGGGCCUGUGUAACUAGUAAGGCAAUAUGUCCUAAGGUGGUAUGGGGAAUUAAUCAGCAUAGGUUCUGCUAUGAUCUCAAAGUAAUGGAUCUAAGUGGAUGGGACAUAAUACUUGGGGUGGAUUGGAUGACUCAGUUCAGCCCUAUAACUUUUGAUUUUCACAAGCUGACCAUUUCCCUACAACAUCAAGGGGAAGCGGUACACUUGCAUGGCCAGGCUGAAGACUGUGAUUUAGAUUUAAUUAGGGGAGGUGAUCUGAGAACAUUCAUUGAAUAUAAGAGACAGUUAUGCAUGUCCAUGAGAUUGGGACAAAGUGAUCAAGGGCAGGGAAAUGACAUCCCUGCAGGGGUCCAGGGUAUUAUUGAAGAAUUUGUAGAUGUAUUUGCAGCACCAACUGAGUUACCUCCAGUCAGGAGUUUAGAUCAUGAGAUACCACUAAAACCUGAUUCUCAGCCCUUCAAAAUGAAGCCUUACAGAUACCCUCACUCACAAAAAGGAGAAAUUGAGCAGCAGGUUAAGGAUAUGUUGCAGCAUGGAAUCAUAAUUCACAGUAAUAGUCCCUUUGCUUCUCCAGUUCUACUGGUCAAGAAGAAAGAGGGGACCUGGCGUUUCUGUGUAGACUACAGAAAGCUGAAUGAAAUGACUAUCAAGGACAGAUACCCCAUACCCAAUGUAGAUGAACUAAUCAAUGAACUAGCAGGAUCUAAGUAUAAAUCAAAGUUGGACCUCACUUCAGGUUACCACCAAAUCAGGGUCAAGCCUAAAGACACAUACAAAACUGCCUUCCAAACACACUGUGGUCACUACGAGUUCCUAGUAAUGCCUUUUGGGCUAACAAACGCCCCGGCCACAUUUCAGGCUCUUAUGAAUCAGAUCUUCCAGCCUUACCUGAGAAAAUUUGUUCUGGUUUUCUUUGAUGAUAUCCUUAUCUAUAGUCCAACAUUAGAGCUACAUCAGCAACAUCUGAGGACAGUCUUAUCAAUAUUAAGGGAGCAUAACCUGUUUGCAAAACGUUCUAAGUGCUCGUUUGCACAACUAACAGUAGAUUACCUGGGCCACACUAUAACAGAAGAAGGAGUGUCAAUGGACAGUUCCAAGAUAGAUAGUAUUCUGAAAUGGCCAAGUCCAAGGACAGUGAAGGAAUUGAGGGGAUUCUUGGGGUUGACUGGGUAUUAUAGAAGGUUUAUCAAGCACUAUGGCAUCAUUCGUAAACCCCUGACUGAAUUGCUAAGGAAGGAUAGCUUCGCAUGGAAUCCAGAGGCUGAAGAGGCCUUUCUUGCACUGAAAAACAUCAUGUGUACUGCACCGGUUCUUAGCCUACCAGACUUCCAGAAACCAUUCACCAUUGAGACUGAUGCCAGUGGAGGAGGAAUUGGCACAGUAUUAAUGCAGGAAGGGCAUCCUCUGGCUUUCCUUAGCAAGGCAUUGUCACCUAAAAACCUGGGACUCUCAGCCUAUGAAAAGGAAUUGCUGGCUUUGGUAAUGGCAGUGACUAAGUGGCGCCAUUACCUUGUUGGAUAUCACUUCAUUAUCAAAACUGAUCAUCAGUCACUAAGGUAUCUGUUAGAUCAGAAACUUACAACUGCUCUACAACACAAGUGGUUCACCAAGCUUCUGGGCCUAGAUUAUGAAAUCCAAUACAAAAAAGGAGUGGAAAAUAAGGUAGCAGAUGCUUUGUCUCGAUUGUACGAAAAGGGGCAGCCUCACAUCACUACCACAGGGUCAUGUCUAGCCUUGACAACAGUUAAGCCAAAUUGGAUACUAGAACUGCAGGGAAGUUACCUCUCAGAUGAUCACUGCAAGGAUAUUAUCUCCCAGUUGCUCUUGGAUCCUAGCUCACAUCCAGGGUAUGAAUGGAACAGUGAUUUGCUGAAAUACAAUGGGAGAAUCUAUGUGGGGUCAACUAAUGGUCUGAGAGCCAGGAUUAUACAGGCAUUACAUUCCUCUGCUAUAGGUGGCCACUCAGGUCAAAGGGGGUGUUGGCAAAGGAUUAAAUCCCUCUUCUAUUGGCCAACAAUGAGGCAGGAGGUUAUUCAGUUUAUACAGGCCUGUGAUGUCUGCCAGAGAUACAAAGCUGAACAUGUACACUUGCCAGGCUUGUUACAACCCUUGCCUAUCCCUCGUUUGGCAUGGACACAUGUAACAAUGGAUUUCAUAGAGAGUUUACCCAACUCUCAGGGUUAUGAUACUAUCAUGGUGGUCAUUGACAGACUGACCAAGAUUGGUGGGAACUGA